UCCUAUUACCACAUUCUCUAUCACUCUUUUCCUGUCUCCUUCUAGUUCAAAAAUAAAAAUAAAACACAUACUUUGUAUGUGUCCAUAUGCUAGUAUUAUUUAACUAAAGUUACUAAUUUAUCGAAUAUUAAAAGAAAGAAAAAAUUGAAAGUUUGAAAGUUAGCACUCGAAAGCGGGAAUGACAAGCUCCUGGGCUGGCAUGGAAACACCGCAAACAUUAAAAACGAAAAAUAAAAUUAAAAAGUUGUCGUAUUUACUUUGGAAAUGGCGGAGUGGAAAAGCAGCAAAAAGCCAGAGUCUAAACGACAGCCACUAUCGCCUCCUUCAAGACCUCCUUCCUCCUCCUCCACCCAAUCCUUCUUCCUCACCCGCCGGUACUAUUAACCCUAAUAAACACUUCACUCUCUUCCCUCUUUAAUUUUUCUUUAUUUAUUUUUCGUUAGAGGGUAAAUCAGCAGAGGAAGAUAAAGUGGAAAUGGAGGAGGUGAAGCCACCGAUCGAAGGCCAAUGGUUCACAACCUUCCUCAUUUCUCACUCGCUGAUGUUGAUUCUUCUCCUGAAGAGGAAAAACCUUUAAAGGUUAAGAUUGAAGGUAGACGCCGUCUCUGUAAAGUUUCUUAUGGAGCCGACAGUGAUCAUGCUGACAAACAACCAGUGCUUGAUGAGCCCAACGUUUUUGGCAUUGCUGGUUAUGAAUCACCGACAGUGCCGAAAAGAAAUCCAAGUAGGACUAGUGCCAAUGCUGGCGGGAAUGAGAUUAGGGAUAUUCUUGAUGACUUGAGCUCGAGGCUUGAGAUUCUGUCAAUUGAGAGGAGGGGUGCCAGAAAAGCGGACAUGGUUGAAGGUUCUAAUGUGUUUAUAUACUAUGAUCUGAUGAUAUUCUUUUUAACUUGAAAGU